UUGUUCCUGUAAACAUCUGUCUGCUGAACAUUUUGGGACGGAAGUUGAGUAUGACCAUGCUGCAGCUGGUGGCGGCCAUGUUGUUCAUGUUGCUCAACAUCUGCUCCUCCAUGUUUGGCUUCACGGUUCUGCUGUUCCUGCUGCGCGCGCUGGUCUCCAUGAACUUUAAUGUGGUUUAUAUUUACACGGCUGAGGUUUAUCCCACGGUGGCCCGCUCUCUGGGGAUGGGCUUCUGCACGAGCUUCAGCCGCAUCGGAGGGAUGAUCGCCCCCUUCAUCUCUCAGACACAGAGUGACAUGAUCGCAGCUCAGCUUUUAGCUGACUCUGAAGCGAGCCUGAUAUCCACCUCAUCCUUCCUACAGACACAGAGUGACAUGAUCGCAGCUCAGCUUUUAGCUGACUCUGAAGCGAGCCUGAUAUCCACCUCAUCCUUCCUACAGACACAGAGUGACAUGAUCGCAGCUCAGCUUUUAGCUGACUCUGAAGCGAGCCUGAUAUCCACUUCAUCCUUCCUACAGACACAGAGUGACAUGAUCGCAGCUCAGCUUUUAGCUGACUCUGAAGCGAGCCUGAUAUCCACCUCAUCCUUCCUACAGACACAGAGUGACAUGAUCGCAGCUCAGCUUUUAGCUGACUCUGAAGCGAGCCUGAUAUCCACCUCAUCCUUCCUACAGACACAGAGUUACAUGAUCGCAGCUCAGCUUUUAGCUGACUCUGAAGCGAGCCUGAUAUCCACCUCAUCCUUCCUACAGACACAGAGUGACAUGAUCGCAGCUCAGCUUUUAGCUGACUCUGAAGCGAGCCUGAUAUCCACCUCAUCCUUCCUACAGACACAGAGUGACAUGAUCGCGGCUCAGCCUUUAGCUGACUCAGAAGCGAGCCUGAUAUCCACCUCAUCCUUCCUACAGACAAACAAGUCCAAUGGAAUUGUACCCUUCCACAAGGUACCUACUGCAGAGCAGAUGUCUAAUGACAUUGAUGAAUUGAUGGAUGAAUCUUCAGAUGCUACAGACUACGAUGAUGCUGACUUUGUUCCAGAGUCAAGUUGGAAUUCCUCAGACUCAAGUUCUUCUAUUAAGGGACUCAAAAUCAAAGAAAAUCAUCUUACCCACAAAGUGAAAAAGUCAUUGGGGAUCAGUACAGGACAAAGUGGGGAUAGUACCACAUGUUCAGUGAAACCAAGUUCUUCAAGGAUGAGUGGCGGUAAUUCUAGUACAGUGACAAGUAGUAGUUCACAUUUUUCGGAAAAUACAUCACCCAAGAAAAGCUCCAUAAAUGUCACAGCAUUACCAAACACUACAAAACAAAAGUACAACAAGAAGCAAUAUUGUCUGUAUUGUAAAAAGGCCAUUUCUAAAUUGGCAAGACACCUCGAAUCCACCCACAGUGAACAGCAUGAUGUUGCAAAGGCAUUCAGUUUUAAUAAAAGAUCCCGUGAAAGAAGACAGAUGUUGCGCUCCCUUAAGAAGAGGGGAAACUUUGACCAUAAUGCUACCGUUGCAAGCUGUGGUGCUGGAGAAAUGGUUGCUUGUCGAAGACCUUCUAAAGAGAAACAAUCUGAUGACUACCGUCACUGCAAGUUUUGUCAGGGACUCUAUGCAAGAGAUUGCCUAUGGAGACAUGUUAAAAACUGCCCUCAGAAGCCUGAUGAGGGAGAGCCUCAAGGUGGGCGAAAACGGAUCCACCUUGAUCUACCAAAACCUGAUUCAGUUCAGGAAGUAGUUUGGAAGAUUGCCUGUGAAAUGAACCAGGAUGAUAUUUCCUCGGUUGUAAGGAGUGAAAGUGACAUCCUUAGUCUCGGUGAGUCCAUUUACAAUGCAAGGAAACCAUACGAGAAAAGAAAUGAUUACAUUCGCCAAAAAAAUGAGAGAGAUGGCAAGACUUUUAAUAACAGCAAGAGCAAUAGGUCCUUUGAAAAGAGCCGAAGAUCUUGUUAUGCCCAGUAACUUUCCCCACAUGAUACAAGCUGUUAGAGAGGUUGCUGGUUAUGAGUUGGGAAGCAACUCAUAUAAAAUUCCAUCUUUGGCUCUUAAAUUGGGGCACAGUUUGGCCAAACUUGCAGGCAUUGUGCAAUGCAAUGCUAUCAUUGCAAAUCGCCAUGCUGUUGCAGAGUCUGCCAAGCAAUUUGCCAUUAUUUACGAGAAAAGAUGGACAGAGUCCAUUUCAGGUGCUGCAUUAGGUACACUUCAACAGGCCAAAUGGAAUAAACCACAAGUGUUGCCCUUUACAAGUGAUGUGUGUCUGCUGCACAAGUUACUAUCUACUGAGCGUGCUCAGUGCAUGAAGGACCUUCCGGAAGAACCGAAUAGCCAAAGCUUUGGAAAUCUUGCUCAAGUUACUUUGACACAGAUAGUGCUCUUUAACAGAAAAAGACAGGGGGAAGUAUCAAAAAUGGAGCUCCAGACAUUCACAUCCAGGAAUCGUACGGAGUUGAAUCCUGACGUUAUGAUGGGCCUAACCGAGUUUGAAAAGACUCUUACAAAGUACUUUGAUAGAGUUGAGAUUCGGGGUAAAAGGUCAAGGAUGGUGCCUGUGCUUCUCACACCUGAAAUGAUUGCUGCAAUGAACUUACUUGUGGAAAAGAGAAAUGAGUGUCAAAUCCACACAGACAAUGCAUACUUGUUUGCACGCCCAGGUGGUCUUUCCCAUUACAGGGGCUCUGACUGCUUUCGCAAGUAUGCGAACCAAUCUGGUGCGAAAAACCCAGAGGCACUCACCUCAACAAGAUUGCGGAAACAAGUCGCCACUUUGUCCACAGUACUUAACCUCAAGGAAAACGAAAUGGAUCAACUUGCCACCUUUCUAGGACAUGACAUUCGUGUCCACAGAGAAUUCUACCGUCUUCCAGAAAGUACCCUGCAACUUGCAAAAGUCAGCAAGUUGCUGAUAGCAAUGGAAAAAGGAAGACUGUCUGACCUGCAGGGGAAAGGGCUGGAUGACAUAGAGAUCAAUCCUGAAGAUGAAGUAAGCACGAGUGAUGAUGAAACUGGUGAAGAAUCCAUUGCUGACAUACAUCAAAACAUAGAUUCCCAGAAGAACACAACACUUCACUUGGCUUCAAACAAAGCUUCCUCAAAGUGCUCAAAUGGAAAGCAAGCUGGGAAGAUGAGAAGCAAGUGGACAGGUGAAGAGGUGAAGGCUGUUGAGCGGCAUUUGUUUGACUUGAUAACAAGCUGCAGAGUACCUGGGAAAAAGGACUGUGACUCCUGUCUCAAAGCAGAGCCAGUAGCUCUGAAAGACAGGGACUGGGUUGCAGUCAAGUAUUACACCCACAACAGAAUCAUCGCCUUAAAAAGGAAGAUGAAUUCAUAGAACUAUAACAUGCCAACUUGCUCUGUGGUACACAUUUUUUUUUUUAAAUAAGAUUUGUUGUUUAUUAAAAUGUUAAUCUGUUGACAAGAAUCCAUGAGGAAUUUUAAUGUGUGUUAUAACCUCCCUCUCGUUGUCACUUUCAACCACUAGAAGGUUUGAGAUUAUAUGUUAUACUAUGUUCUGUCUCAACAAGCAAUAAAGACCCUAAAGAGAAA